UAUUGCCAAAUUUAAUUUUUUGUUCAUUUUUUUCUCAAAACAUGCGAUCGAUAUUUUCUGUUCUUCUACUAGCGGCUGUGGUUCAGACGCAGUUUAACUUCCACGGCAUGCGGAGUUUCUUCUCCACCGACGAGGAAUUCCCAACUCAACUUCAAAACUUUGAAGGUCGCACCGAAACCGAAAUUCGGACUUUGAAGGAAAAAGUGGCGAGAUUGGAGAAAUUAAUCGACGGUUUGCAAAGUGUGCUAAUGAAAGAGUGGAAUACAACGGAGAGUGGGUCAAAGUACCGGCUAUUUGAGGAGAGGAAAAGUUGGGAUAAUGCAGAGAGACACUGUCAAGGGUUUGGAGCUCAUUUGGCUAUAAUCGACAAUGAAGCGAAGAAUGGAUUUGUGACAAACCUCAUCAACUCCAGCGAAACCUCUGAUUUUGCCUGGAUCGGCAUGAAAACCAAGACCACCACACAAACCUCCACCCCAUUCACGAACUUUGAUUCCGAGUCCCCUAUUGAUGGCUGCGCUGUGAUGGAUGCGAAGGGUGUCUGGUCGAUUCGUUCCUGCAUUCAACUUCGUCCAUUUGUCUGUCAAAUUAUCAAGAAUGAUGUUAAAAUCUGAAAUAAUUCUACGAGAAAUUGUGAAUUGAAUUAUGAAGUGUAAAUAAAUAUAUGUUAUGACU